GAGAAGCACAGAUGACAAGCAGCACUGAGAUGGCAUUCUUUCAUACCACAAUGGAAAAUCAUACGGUUGAUUUGAAUGAUCAUUUUUUUGAAGAUUAUUACGCUGAUUUGAAUGAUACAGUGAUUCCAACGUCAGUCACUGCAGUGAAGGAGCAACCUCUCUCCAUGUCUCACAUCUAUCUCCCCAUGUUUUAUUUCAUUAUGUUCUUUGCUGGAUUCACUGGGAACCUGUUUGUCAUCAUAAUUAUUGGUAACAGGCACAAGAAGAAUGCACGUCUGGUAGAUACAUUUGUGCUGAACCUUGCACUAGCAGACCUGGUUUUUGUCUUCACUUUGCCGCUAUGGGCUGUCUCAGCUGGGAAGCAUAACCAGUGGCCCUUUGGGGAGCCGAUGUGCAAGAUCAGCAGCUAUGUCAUUGCAGUCAACCGCUUUUCCAACAUUUUCUUUCUCACGUGCAUGAGUGUGGACCGUUACCUUGCCAUAGUGCGCCUUAUGGACUCUCACUUUCUCCGGAGCAGCAAAUGCAUACAUCUAACCUGUGGAGUGGUAUGGGGAUUAUCCCUGAUCCUGGGGACACCAUCACUGGUUUAUCGUGGGUUGAUUGAAGGUGACUUUUGUAUAGAUGACCUGGAUUCCUCCUUUUUCCAAGGUAUGAUUCUGCUUUCAGUCUUUCUGACCUUUGUGCUGCCUGUGCUGAUUAUCCUCCUAUGUUAUGGCUCAAUUGUGGUCAAACUGCGGCACCACUGUGUCUCUGCUGGAAAUUCACGUGCUGAAGCCCGAUGUCGCCACUCUCUCAAAAUUGUUUUUACCAUCGUUAUUGUUUUUCUGGUAUCUUGGCUGCCCUAUAAUAUGUUAAGGACAAUUCAAGUACUCUGCAAGAUCAGUGACAUCAGGCUGAAUGAUGACACCUACAUGUAUUUGGCCAGAGGGCUCAUCAUCUCCUCCUGCCUGGCCUUUCUCAACAGUUGUCUGAAUCCAGUCAUUUACUUGUUCCUGGAUAAGCAUUUUAGGCGCAGCGCAGCCGCACAGUGCAAGUCAUGCACUGGCAAGGGGGAUAUACAGCAGAGUUACAUGUCAUCUAAUUCAACUGCCUCUAAUGGUCUUUCAGAGAGCCUGGGAAGCACUGCACUCCGUGGCCAUCUCUUCUCCCUAACUCAAAAGAAAUGAACUCUACUCAGCCACAUCUAUCAAUGGUCUAAAGGCAGAAUAUAUGCGUUUUUUAUAACAAUACUUUCUUGACUUUUGUUUUUAAACAGGAUAAAAAUAUAGAAAAUAUAUUUCUGGCCAAUAUUUGAGGAGUAUAUUCUCCUCAAAUGUGGGCCAGAAAUAUAUUCUCAGUAUAUUGAGAAUAUCUUUAUUUUCAGUAUAAAAUACCAGAAUACAGUAUUUUACAACUGUAGAUUUAAAAAUGCCAGUUUGAUAUUUUUAUGAAUGUGACUGAUUGUUUUGCUCAACAUUUAAGUUCUGAAUUUUAUGAUAGAAAAUGGUUAUCUGUUUCCUUUAUGGCUUUAAAUAAAUCAUUGCUCAAAUCUGCAGAUUGGUAAUUUCAACAUGCCUGAAACUGAAUUUAAUAAAUGCAGGAAUAAAUGUAAUUGUACUACUUUUUAUGUUCUUUUCUUUUAUUUACAUGAUAUUUUUUAUAUUUUAUAUAUAAUAUUACAUGUUUUUAAACUAUCAGAUUUAAAUGUAGUAAACAUUAGUCUUUUUAAUGCUCACAUACUUUACAAU